GUCGAGACUGGGAUAAUCACGCGUCGUAAUUACUGCCGCGAGAGCCUCACGCAAUUUUCUAUAAUCACCUCUAAUUAAGCCCUAUUUCAAAGUCUUUUCGAAAGUAGACGGGACUUAGUCUACCCUCUUCUUUCUCUUAAUCAAUACCCAACUUUCAGUUACACGCCCCAGCUAAUUUUCAGCGUAUUUAUUGUAUCCAAGGCCGGAAAUAUGGUGGGGACUCGGAGUGGAGCUCUGGUUCCAGGUAGAGGUCACAUUCCAGACGGAGGACGAGUACAACAGCAUAGUCCUAGCCCUGAAGACGUCGACAGUGGUGAUGAUGAAAUUCCUCAUACCUUAUCACCUAGACGCUCAAUCGAUCCGAAUGUACGGUCGCUGGAUCACCGUCGAAAGCGACAACUGGAUGACCUAGUUAUGCAGUCUAAUCCGUCUAAAAGACGUAAAGUUGAGCCCUCAACCGAUGCUGGGAAUGCACAACUAUAUCCGACGUCUGCGUUGCCCUUUGCUAGACGGCCGGCCGGAACCAUACCUUCUCGAAAAGCAAGCAGAAGUCCCGAAGAUGAUGUACCUCCGGGCCUGGUAAGCAGUGUCAAUGCCGCGUUUAAAAAAAAAGGGCGUGGAGACCAUCAGCAGCUUCUAACGUCCCUGGAUGCUCAUUUGAAUAAUGGGGCCACCAGUUCAGAAGAAAAUGAGAAUGCACGGAAAAAUACAGGGAACAACGCCCAGGUCCAAUCCAAGCAUGAUGUCAAUAUAGGCUUACGGGAAUUUCGGGACCGUGGUGCAACUAGCACAUCUAAGCGCGGAAAAUCCCCGCCUACACUCAUCAUUGCAGAUGACCAUGAGGAGGGACAUGAACCAGAUCCCGCCCCGAACAAUAGUAGUAUCGUUCAACAUGGCCCAGGUGAAGCUCGAAGCCAGGCUGAUAAAUGGGACGUACCCGUGUCACCGGGCCAACAACCAUUGUCUAGGCAGUCAGCAGUCUCUAAUGUUUCGGGAGAAUUGCCCCAACGUAGGAGGCGUAUCGAAGUUCAUAUACCACAACAUGGCUCCAAGUCUGCCCAAUCUUCUCAAAUAGGACAAAUCCAAACUUCUAAACAUACUCGACCCGCAUCGGAAAGAGAUCAAAAUGGUUCACCACAAUUAGUACAGGCAGACCUUGAAGUUGGCGCGCAAGAUAUACGGGGGAAUGAUGAAAUGGGUACUGUUUCAGAGCAUAUUGAUGGACUCUCCUCAGACGAUGAAAGCCUCUCAGAUUUCGACUUGUCCGAAGAUGGUUUCGCUCAGGAUGUGGCAAAAUUUCGAGCUCGACAUCCUGGAGGCUAUAGAGGCAGUGAAAUAUUUGAAAGUCCCCAAAAAGACGAUGAUGUCGCUAUACACAUUGAUUAUUCUAGUCUCAGACAAGCGCUUCGACUUAUAGGACAUGAAGCGUGGUCUGGUAAGGGACGAGAUUGGCAUGAGCGGCCAUUUCUUUUCGACUUUAUGCAGCCUGGACCUGUCCGAGUUUUACUCAAGUUUCUAACGAAACUGGAGAGAUUGCUCAAAGCAACUCCAAGAGCUCCUCGAAUUAUAGAGCAGAAUAAGUUUCUUGAUAAGUACGGUGAUCUCUUUGGCUAUUAUUUCUCGAAGAUCAAACUUAUACUCCGUCAUAUUCGGGGGAUGAAGCCCGCAAAGGAAGGGCUAAGCCGAUCACAACGAAAUCAGGAAAUUAAGAAACAUGACCAGUUGGCUCAGGACAUUGCUUCGCUCGCCAUCCCUAUGCUGUUUCAUGUUCUAGCAUCUGCGUGGUGGCUAGGUGGUGGCAGAUAUGGGAAUGAUGCGUCAUUUACAAUUUCUACCAUUGAGUUACUUAUGAGGAUACUUGGUUGGAUCGGGUUGUUAUACCGCCCGUUGCUUAGGUCGAUACGACAGCAGUCAUCUGACACUAGAGGAGAGGGGAAAGGAGAAAAAGGAACCGAAACCCAGAGAAGAAAGCAACGCUUGAAGCGGGAGAAACGAGAAGAACUUGAAGAGGUUUUAAACGACUUGAAGCAGGUUGUUGAUGCUGGCCCAGAUAUGCUCGAGAGAGAAGAACGCCGUCGAGACUUAGAACAUCGGGCUGAGCAAGCGCGAUUAAGAGAAUGGGAGAAAUAUGAAGCGUCGCUGAUGAUGUCUACCCAGGAACGGCAACAGAGGUCAGUGUCGUCUACCAGGGGAGCCCACAUACCGCUGUCGCAAUCACGAAUACCAACGUCUACGCGAGGGUCAUCAGCCCAAGGACGGUCACGAAUACGACCGUCCUGCGAUUGGUCUGACGAAGAGAAGAUAUUCCUCUUCAAGAAAAUACAGGAGUCGUACCCCGAUCUGCUAGACUUAGAUGAUGUCCGUUGGGAACUUGAUAAAACCCUGGACGACACCGAGGCAAUGGCAGAAGAGCUCUUAGGGCUGAUGUUGGAAGCUGUAUCUCCGCAACAAACGGCAGCAGACAGAAAUGCGCAUAUCCAAGAGAUCAUGCGGAAUUAUAGGCGUACAUGGGGUCAUUGAGUUUGUUUGUUUGAGGAAUACAAGUUACUAUACCCGUGCGUGUGCAAUGUUUAGCUCUUGGCUUCUAGAAUAUCAAGUUUCAAAAUUUAAGGCUAUAAUACUUUGA